CUUUGACCUUUUCAAUAACCGGAAGUACUGAAACCGGUUACGAAAACGUCCUUGCUCCACUUUCUUGGCCCGGAAAUUUUGGUAAACGGUUCGUCUUAAAAAUGUCUACGGAGGCAGGCAGCUCGCAGGCCAAGGGUGGAUCCUUCGUGACCGACUGGAAGAACGAGAAGGAGGUCGAAAAGUACCUCGGGAAUUUGGAAACGGAGUUUGGGUUCCAGUGCUACCACGAGAAGCUUUAUGAUGGUUGUCAUCGCCUGGCCAAUUUUUAUGAGCAGAUAAAGAAGGACUACCCUGCGGCAGCCAAGGUGCUCAAGUCCAACUGCGAGUACAACAACUUUGCCGAGUCAUGCUUCAAACUGGGGACGUACCAUUUGGUGGGCAGGGGUCAAGUGGAGAAAAGUCCCCAGGAAGCCUUCAAACUGUUCACCAGGUCAUGUGACAUGAAGUUUGGGAGCGGCUGUCACAAUUUGGGCCUCAUGCACCAGAGCGGAGUGGCCGUGGAAAAAAAGGACUUUCCGAAAGCCGCCGAGUUCUACAAGACGGGCUGCGAACUGAACAACCCUGACAGUUGCUUCAGGCUCGGUACGCUGUACCUACAGGGGGUGGAUGGGAUAGCGAGGGAUUUCGGAAAAGCGUUGGAGUAUUCGUUGAAGAGUUGUGAGAUGGGACACAUGUUGGGGUGCGCGAACGUGGGACACAUGUAUCACACUGGGGACGCUGGCGAAAAGAACGCCGAACUUGCCGAGAAGUACAAGACGAUGGCCAAACAGAUGCAGACGGAGGUUAAGAAGAUUAGGAAGCAAAUCAAGUUUGGAGAAUGACAGAUUAACCUGGUGUCUUAGUAGUUAUUAGAGACUAUGUUAAUAUUAGGGUUGAGGCUUUGCAAAUCUGGAUUCAAAUAUGUACAAAAAAUGUAGUUUGGGGUGCUCCCUCUCCCUCUGCAGAGGUGUCUUUGGACUUUCUUAUGCUAUGGUAUUACUAACAUUAAUUUUGCAAGUUGGUGCUAGAAGGGGCACUGUAAAUGUAAUCCAGGUCGGGCUCUGAAGCCACAAAAUUGUCUGGGUCAACUCACAGAUGCUUGGUGGUACCUUUCAGUACUUUCACACUUAGGUUAUGGCAUUUAUGUUGCCAAGUCUC